AUGACCCCUUCCCUUCUGCGGCCGUCCCCCGUGAGCCCCACAGUCCCAGCGCGGACUCACAUCCGGACUGGGACGCAGGGGGCCCGGGAUGCCCGGACAGAGGCACGUUUUCAGGGUCAGUGUGGCCGCCGCAUGGUGGACGCCGCUGAUCUGCUUUUCUGUCUAUUUCACAAGAGCCCGAUGACGUCAGGGCGGAUCCAGGCCGUGGUCUUGGCGGGGGGGGUGUUGUGUCUCUGGAUCCCCCGGGCACCAGACGUCGCCCUGCAUGCGCCAGCUGGUCCCAUUCUAGAGUCCCGGUGCCGCGCAUGCCCAGGAGGCCAUGGGGACAGGGCUGUUGAAAGGCUCCUGGCUCUCAGUCUUCUUCCCCAGCUUGGUGCUCAGCCCCCCGAGCUGCGUCCUCUCCUUCCUGCUCCCCUGAGACUCCGGUUCAGGGAGAUGGUGACAUUCAAGGAUGUGGCUGUGGAUUUCUCCCAGGAGGAGUGGCACCUCUUGGAUCAUUCUCAGAGAGAGCUGUACAAGGAGGUCAUGCUGGAGAAUGUCCAGAACCUGCUCUCUGUGGGACUUCCAGUUUCUAGAGAAGAUUUGAGCUAUCCUUUCCAGGAAGGAGAAUCACCAGGCAUGGUAGAGCACAAAGGUCUGAGGGACUCCUGUCCAGGUGGAGAGACCAGUUUGGUUGUGAAGAAGAUGGCUACAAAGUUGAACAUUUCUGUGGGAGAAUUUUGCCUGCAUAUAUUUGAGAGUGAUGGUGCAAAGGCCAUUGGUUGGAACUCAGAUCUUAUUAGGCAUCAGAACUUUCACAAUGGAAAAAAGUUUUAUAAAUGUAAUCAGUGUGGACUGACUUUCACAGGGGAAGCCCCUCUUGUGGUACAUCAGAGAAUCCAUACUGGAGAGAAAUCUUAUGAAUGUGAUCAUUGUGGAAAGACUUUCACACUGAGCUCCAGUCUUGCUAAGCAUCAGAAAAUCCACACUGGAGAGAAAGGUUAUGAAUGUUAUCAAUGUGGAAAGACUUUCACAGAGAGUUCAGGUCUAGCUAAGCAUGAGAGAAUCCAUACUAGAGAGAAACCUUAUGAAUGUAAUCAGUGUGGAAAAGCUUUCACAGUGAGUUCCAGUCUUGCUACACAUCAGAGAAUCCACACUGGAGAGAAACCUUAUGAAUGUAAUCAGUGUGGAGAGGCUUUCACAAUAAGCUCUGAACUUGCUGCACAUCACAGAAUCCACACUGGAGAGAAAUCUUAUGAUUUUUUUCAAUGUGGAAAGGCUUUCACAGAGAAGUCCAGUCUUGCUCAGCAUCAGAAAAUCCACACUGGAAGGAAAUAUUAUGAAUGUAAUCAGUGUGGAAAGGUUUUCACAAUGAGCUCCAAUCUUGCUGCACAUCAGAGAAUCCACACUGGAGAGAAACCUUAUGAAUGUCAUCAGUGCGGAAAGGCUUUCACACAGAAAUCCCAUCUUGCUAAGCAUCAGAAAAUCCACACUGGAGAGAAACCUUAUGAAUGUCAUCAGUGUGGAAAGGCUUUCAAAGAGAGAUCCAAUCUUGUUGCACAUCAGAGAAUCCACACUGGAGAGAAACCUUAUGAAUGUAAUCAGUGUGGAAAGGCUUUUACACGGAUCUCUAGUCUUGCUGCACAUCACAGAAUCCACACUGGAGAGAAACUUUAUGAUUGUAAUCAGUGUGGAAAAGCUUUCAAAGUGAGCUCCAAUCUUGCUAAGCAUCAGAGAAUCCACACUGGAGAGAAACCUUAUGAAUGUCAUCAUUGUGGAAAGGCUUUCACAGUGAGCUCCCUUCUUGCUAAGCAUCAGAAAAUUCACACUGGAGAGAAACCUUAUAAAUGUAAUCAGUGUGGAAAGGCUUUCAAAGAGAGAUCCAAUCUUGCUGCACAUCAGAGAAUCCACACUGGAGAGAAACCUUAUGAAUGUAAUCAGUGUGGAAAGGCUUUCACACGGAUCUCUGGUCUUGCUGCACAUCAGAGAAUCCACACUGGAGAGAAACCUUAUGUUUGUAAUCAGUGCGGAAAGGCUUUCAAAGUGAGCUCCAAUCUUGCUAAGCAUCAGAGAAUUCACACUGGAGAGAAACCUUAUUCAUGUAAUCAGUGUGGAAAGGCUUUCACACAGAAAUCCCAUCUUGCUGCACAUCAGAAAAUCCACACUGGAGAGAAACCUUAUGAAUGUAUUCAGUGUGGAAAGGCUUUCACACGGAGCUCCAGUCUGGCUAAGCAUCAGAAAAUCCACACUGGACAGAAGCCUUAUGAAUGUAAUCAGUGUGGAAAGACUUUCACACAGAGAUACAAUCUUUCUGAACAUAAUAGAAUCCACACUGGAGAGAAACCUUAUGAAUGUAAUCAGUGUGGAAAGGCUUUCACACAGAGCUCCAGUCUUGCUCAGCAUCAGAGAAUCCACACUGGAGAGAAACCUUAUAAAUAUAAUCAGUGUGAGGCUUUCACAGAGAGUUCCAGUCUUGCUGCACAUCAGAGAAUCCACAAUGGAGAGAAACCUUAUGAAUAUAAUCAGUGUGGAAAGGCUUUCACAAUGAGCUCCAAUGUUGUUGUACAUCAGAGUAUCCACACUGGAGAAAUCUGAGAAAUAUUAUAUAUAUAUACUAAAACCUUCAAGCAAUAUUCAUAUUUUAUAGAACUCUUAUCACUUUUAUGAAUUAGAAAAUUUAUUCAGUUGUCAUUCAGAGCUUGUUCAAAUUUAAGGAAUUCAUUUUACUUUUUUGCCACUUAUUUAGAAUUUUAUUUUCCCCACAAUUACAUGUAAAAACUAUUUUAAAGUUCAUUUUAAAACUUUGUUUUUUCUAUGCCCUUUGGGACUGUGCAUAUGCUCUGACCCAAUAAUACCACUACUAGUUCCAUAUCUCAAAAAGAUCAUCAAAACAGGAUGUAACAGGUAAAACUAUAUGUGUGUGGUCACCUGUCCCCAGUUUGGGGAAAGCUAACUAGGACAACAGUUUAACAGUUUAGGUAUUUAACAUUUAUUAAAAUAUAUUGAAGGUUAAUGAAGAGAGAUGAAGUUUGUCUUAUAUAAUAGGAAAACCUGUCUACCCUAGAGGAGAGAUCAGAGUUCACACCCCUACCUAGUUCUACCAACCUCCCACAAGGUUCCAACCACCAACUGACAAAACCAACUGCCUUCCACGUGGCUUCAAGCUAAUUGGUUGAGAGUGUUCUCACAUUGAUGUGAGGUAAUUUCUAGACACUGAACCUUGGAAAGGUUAACCCAUGCUUUCUCAGCAGGGCACCCCUGGUAAUAAUAUUCUCAUGCCCCACCCCAUCACUUUACAGAUACUUAAAACUAACAAUGUAAGGGGAAUGAAAAGAGAGAAAAGAAAACUGAAUGAUGUACUCCCCUUUAGUAGGUGGACAUUACUAAUAGUGUAUGCAGUGGAAGAAGGAAAACAGGAAAAUUUCCAUUUAAGUCUUUGGAAGUCUUUUCUCAGAUGAUUCUUGGGAUAUCCUCUUGGGAUUCUGGCUCUUGAUCCCGGGCAUGCUCUUAAAUGUAGUUGUAAAAAAAAAAAAAGUUAUACUGAAACAAUAAAGGACCCAACUCAAUCCAAGCCCGAUAUUGAAUGCAAGGCUUCUCAGACUGAAAUUCCAAUAGACCCAACUCCUAUUCCCUCUCCCUCUAUUUCCUCCAAGCCGAGCAAACAAAUAAGUAAAGAAACGAUUCAUCUGUAGAAGAGACAGAGAAGAUCAAAAUUUUUCCCCUUCAAGAGAUACUCACCCAUGGUCAAAAAGGUGCUAUACAUAAGCUCAGACAAUACACACCUUUUGAGCCCAGUGAUUUGAUUUCAUGCAAACAAAAUAUGCCUAAAUUUGAUGAGGAUCCCACAGCAGUUAUCAGCCAGUUUAGGUCAAUUUUUAGAGGAUAUCAGCCCACUUGGAAUGAUGCUACUGAUAUAAUAGAAACAAUAUUAUCCCCAGGGGAAAGAGCUGAUAUAAUAGCUGAAGCAAACUCCUUACAAAAAUCAGGAAAAGUUGCUAUUGGAUGGCCUUGAGAAGACCCUGACUGGGACCCAUUAUCCCUGAGCAAGUUAAUAAGUUCACCUGGAAAAACAAAACUUCAAAGAUGUCACAGGAAUCAAUGAAAAAAAAUAUGAAAGAAGGUGAUCUAGCAGUACCAAAUCUCAAACUGUAUUGUAUACUGGCAAUUAUCAACACGAUCUGGUACUGGCUGAGAAACAGAAAGGUCAUGGGGGAUGGGGGGGGGGGGGCGGGGACCAGAGACAAGAUGGUGGAGGAAAGGAAUUAAGUUCUCAGAGCUCCUGACACAAUUAUUCCUUUUUUUCUGUGGGGCAAUUGGGGUUAAGUGACUUGCCCAGGAUCUGUAAGAGCUAUGUAGACAUUUCAGGUGCUAUUAAGAAAGCCAGCAUGUGGGGAUGGGGACCAAAGCCAAGUUGGCAGAGGGAAGCCAGCAAGUUGCCUGAGCUUUCCUUUGUUUCCCUCAAAAAGAACAUUAAAUCAAGCCUCUAAACGAAUUCUGAAACUACAGAAUGUUCAAGACAGAGACACAAUCUUCCAGCCUGAGAUAAUUUAGAAGACGUCAGGAAAGGUUGGUCUCAGGUAAAAAGGGAGCUCAGCAUACCUCAGCACAGCACAGAGUGGAGGGGAUCUGGGCAAGUCAGCAGGCAGCAACAGGCCACAGCCAAGCAACUGAAGCCUUUGAUCCUAGCUCAGCAACCUGGUGGCACAGCAGGCCAGUGGUAAGAUCCACCAGAACAAGCAGGGCAGGCUGCCAGCUUGAAUGCCACCCACAGGACAAGUUCAACCAGGCCUGGCCAUCCCAGCAGACUGGGAGCAAGCACAGGGAGCAAGCCCAGGGUGGUGAGAAAUCCAAAAG